GAACGCCAAGAUACCAAAGAAGAAGAACAUCUCUAACUGGGGUAAAGGCCACUUCGGCUGCUUUCAUCCGUUGGUCACAUUGUUUCCGGAUCGUUUUUUAUUUUUAUAGCAAAGUUGGAAACUGGACUUGCUUCUGAACUGACUUGAAUCGUCCGUUCACAUUCUCUGCGUUUAAAAACAUAUCUGUAAGAGAAAUCAGACGUUUCAGAAUGUUGCAAAACACAGGAAAGCUAGCGGGGAAAACCCUGUUCAUUACAGGGGCAAGUCGUGGUAUUGGGAAAGCCAUCGCACUCAAAGCUGCUAAGGACGGUGCCAAUGUUGUCAUAGCUGCUAAAACAGCACAAGCCCACCCCAAACUACCCGGAACCAUCUACACCGCUGCAGAAGAAAUCGAGGCAUUGGGAGGCAGAGCGUUGCCUUGUAUCGUAGACGUCAGAGAUGAGAAGCAGAUUGGCGAGGCAGUGGAACAGGCCGUGCAGAAGUUUGGAGGUAUUGAUAUCCUGGUGAACAAUGCCAGUGCCAUUAAUCUGACGGGAACCCUGGAGACACCCAUGAAGAAAGUGGACCUCAUGUUGGGCGUCAACCUCAGAGGGACCUAUCUGACGUCUAAGCUGUGCAUCCCACAUCUGUUGAAGAGUAAGAACCCUCACAUCCUGAACCUCAGCCCCCCGCUUAACCUGAACCCCAUCUGGUUCAAAAACCACACAGCGUACACAAUGGCCAAGUAUGGCAUGUCCAUGUGUGUUCUGGGCAUGGCCGAAGAGUUCAGAGGGUCCAUCGCUGUCAAUGCCUUGUGGCCUAAGACGGCCAUCCAGACUGCUGCUAUGGAAAUGCUAGGUGGUGCGGAGGUGGGUAAGCAGUGUCGCAACGUCGACAUCAUGUCAGACGCAGCCUACGCCAUCCUCGGGAAGCCACGCAGCUACACCGGAAACUUCGUCAUCGACGAGGAGAUUCUGAAGACCGAGGGAAUUAAAGACUUUGACAUUUACGCCGUCGCUCCAGGUAAUGCACUGCUCCCAGACUUCUUCCUGGAUGAGGCUGAGGCUCUGGUGCAGAACAUGGGGGAUCAGGUUGUCAUCCCAGUGGUUAAGGGUGACUCACGCAGUGCUGCUACCAGUGGGCCCAUAGCGGAAACAUUCAAUAUCAUCAAGGGAGUCCUCAACCCUGACAUUGUCAAAUCCACUGGAGGAGUCUACAAAUUCGACCUGUCUGGUGAGCAUGCAGGAGUGUGGUUCAUAGACAUGAAGAACGGUGGGGGCAGUGCGGGUAGUGGAGAACCCCCAGUCAAAGCUGACGUGGUCAUGACCAUGGACAGCGCCGACUUCACCAAGAUGUUCGCAGGCAAACUAAAACCCACCAUGGCCUUUAUGUCAGGGAAGCUGAUGAUUAAAGGAGACAUGAGCCUGGCUAUCAAGAUGGAGAAGAUGAUGUCCAUGAUGAAGUCUAAACUCUAAAUUAUAACAACGAGGAGAUGCCUAUUCACUACAUCUGGUGCCUUCAAGACAACUGGGAACUUUGUAAUAUAAUAAAAAUUAUAGUCUGACUGUUAAAAAUGGUGAUGGAGUGUUUCCUCCGACAUGACUUUCAACCUUCGUCUCUCCCGAGCCCGUACGUACGGGAGUUGUAGCGAUGAGACAAGAUAGUAGCUACUAACCAUUGGACACCAUGAAAUUGGGGAGAAAAAGGGGAGACAAAUUCAACAACUAAAAGUUGUGAUGGUGAGAGGUCGGAGAACUCCACGACGAUGCCUGAAUUUCUGAAUUCAGACGCUAUAGAUUUACAAGUUCCGUGUUGUCUAAAAUGGUACCCUGUAAUAGAGGGAACCCGGGUGUCAAUUUGGGAAAUACCCAGAAUGUCUAACGAAAUGUGCCGUUUUCCAUCUCUCUGAAUGUGUCCUACUGAACUGUCCCUCCUCCCUCUUCUCUAACCAUGCCGUUUUCCAUCUCUCUGAAUGUGUCAUAAUGAACUGUCCCUCCUCCCUCUUCUUCUCUAACCAUGCAGUUUUCUAAUAAACCAGUUGCUCUAAUUGUA